AUGCAGCCGCCGGCGGCCGCCGCCACGGUGGAGGUGUGCGACCCGUCCACGCUCGGCCUGUGGCCCGAUGCGGCGCCGCCCGAGCCGAUGGCCGGCGGAGAGACGUUCCUGGACCGCAGCCUCACCGCCAUCGACUGGCUGCCGCAGCUCAGCGCCAAGAAGAGCCUCAGUCAGACGGUGGCUGCCGCGGCGCAGAUUCUGGACGAUGGCAGGAGUCAGAUAGCGCCGGCCGACUCGACUGGGGACGGCCCGCCGGCCAACGGCAAGCCGCCCUACAGUUACGCCAAUUUGAUUUCGAUGGCGAUCCAGAGCAGCGUCAAGCAGAAGAUGACGCUGGCCGAGAUCUACGAGUGGAUCACCGAAAACUUCCCCUACUACCGAGACAUCGUCUCUGGCUGGAAGAAUUCCGUCCGUCACAAUUUGUCGCUCAAUAAGUGUUUUGUGAAGGUGGCUCGCACCAAAGAUGACCCGGGCAAGGGCAGCUACUGGGCCAUCGACCCCACGCACAACCCUGACGAGGCCGGCUCCUCCAAGAAGCGGAAACACGCCGGCACCAGGUACUCGCCGUACCCUCCACCGCCGCCGCAGAAGCGCGUACCUCCGCCGCCGGUGCCCGCCUCCCUGGCGGGCGCCCAUCCGGGCUCGGCGGCGCCCCCGGUGCCGGGCGCGGCGCCCCUGCCCGUGUCGGUGGCGCUACCCGUCUCCCUGGCCGACCCCCUGUCGGUACCGGUGCCCGUCUCUGCCGACACGGUGGGCACGGUGGGCUACGCGCCGGCGCCGCCCGGGCAGGAGCACAGUCAGGCGGACCCUCUGUGGGUGGUGGGCCAGUCGUGGCACCAGGAGCCGGCGGCGGUAGCGGCCGCGCCCAUCGCCGCCGAGACGGACAUGACAGCUCCGUGUCUGGCCAUCAGCGCCAGCGACAUCAACGCCAUGGAGUCGCUACAGUCGCUGCUGUCGCCAGCUGACCUGGCGCAGGUGAUCGCGCACAACGCCCAGGAGUUCCCCGACAGCCUGGCCGCCCUGCUGGCGCCCUACACCGUGCAGAGCACCCAGCACGCCAGCGCAUUCCAGACGUACCAGCCGGAGCAGACGGCGCCCGAGCCGAGCCCGCUGCCGUACGAGGGCACCACCAUCGCCACCACCACCGCCGUGCCGCCGACCGCCACCGCCACGGCCGUCACCGCCGCCCCCACCGCCGGCACCGACUCGGGGCCCGGCCCCCAGCUGGCCGCGCAGGCCGCCGAUCUCAACCUGGGCUCCAGCUUCCUCUCUUCGUCUCUGUCCCUCCGCAACCACGGCUCCGGCGCCACGGUGACCAUCAACGAGGUACCGGAUGAGGGGGCGCCGAGCGGGCUCAAGAUCGAGCGCGAGGAGCUGCAGAGCCUGACCACACUCAGCCCACACGUCAGCAGCUCCACGGCGCUGCAGCCGGCCGAGCUGGCCGACGACUUUGACUGCGAGUACGACUGGGACUCGCUGCUCUGAGACCCGACUCACUGCUCUGAGAUAAGACAGUCACUGGGACUCACUGCUCUCAGGGGUGGACACUGAACAGUCACUGGGACUCGCAGAUUGCAGACCGAAUGGCUCGGACUCGGUCAGUGCGGAUACAGUCACUGGGACUCGUUGCUCUGAGCGGCGGACCGACUCACUGGAACUCGCAGCUAGUCUGAGAGCGGACCGAGUGACAGACAGCCUGGGAGCGGACCGAGUGACGGACUGGGUAGUGCCUCAGGCCGACGGACAGACAGACGGGUAGACGGAAGGAAAGACGAACAGACGGACGAGCAGACGACGAAACGACAAACAGACGGAGAACGGAGGGACAUCAGCUGCACCUGGCUGAAAACUCUGCUGUUUGAAUCUUAAUCUGGAAUGGCGGUAAGCGUUUUUGAAAACCAGAAUUGGCAGACCAGUGGUUCAGUUUGGCCAAGGCGGCGGGUUUCUCGUUGAGCGCCGGCGGUGCAUGGUCUUACCGCGUAUGGCGUCGCGUGUAGGCGAGACCAUUAGAGACGAAUGAUUAUAGUGCCAUGCCACGGCCCGACGUUAUUGCUGGAGGUUACGCACAACUCACCUGUGUGCCACCCGUCAUUGCACCCUCUGGCCUAUAGAUAGCUCAUUUCUGUGCUAUCCUGUCUUUCCAGCCACACAAGAGUUGCAUUCAAAUGAUAAAGCCGCCAACAUUUACCCACACUUUUUCAUGGUACCGCAAGUGAAGUGCGUAAUCGACAGUGUUGUCCUGUAACUUUUCUGUCCGGUGCUAGUAGGGAACUGUACUCCCAGCACCCAGCCCGUGGCGUGACGUCUGUAGUCCCACAAGUGCCUCGGGGGGUCGACUGUUGUCGGGGCGCGGCGCCCUGGCCCCCUGCCUUGCCCUCGGUGCGGUGCGGCGGUGCGCACUUUGUUGUAAAUAUUGGUGGUUUUUGGACGGAGAUCGGCGGUGUCCUGCUCCCAAAGGUGCCUUGUUUGUUGUCUGAGCACUUACCCGAGCUGCGACAUUAUCACAGUGCCUGAGAAGCAGCCUUACACGGGAAGCCGGCGGCAGGUUACACGCGGGCCGGGCCGUUGUGUGUCGGGCCGGCCCCGCGAUGUUGUGGUCUCCCAGGGACGGCAGACGGACUCAGAUUCCGAUCUCGUGUAUCGAUAUUGACGAACGCCGGGCCCGCGGAUGUUUUUGAGCGCGGUGUCGGUAUCGGGGAGACGCUGUGCGUGCUGCAGGGGUCAGUUUUGUGCGAGACAGGCUGACGGAACGUGCCAUUCCCAGUGUGACAUUCCAGCCUGAAAUGGGCGCCGAGAGUCGAGACGGCCGACAGGCUCAGCCAUGAGCGCUUUCUUUGUCGCAGGAAUUCUGCAUUGGGACCUCACCCCGACCGGUUGAUAACUGAACACAUGGCAGUUGGUAGUUAUGUAUCGAGUUUGCCACGUAUUGACCAUAAUAUGGACACAAUAGCGUUGUUCUUUAGUACUGCUUAAAAUGCCUGCAUAUUGGCAAAAAUCGGCAGGUCAUAGGUAGAAACUUAGCCGUAGCCAGAUCGGCCUGUACAAUUAGUGUGUUCCAUAGGUUGUUUUGCAGUUGAUCUCGAGUGUUAUUUGUUGACGCUACAGACAAGUCAUCAUCUGUUGGACAGCGGUGCCAGUGGUUAAUUAUAACGUAGCUUGGAUAAAGCGCACAGCCCACGCGCAAUUGAUAACUUUGAUCAUGUCCUAGCCUAGAUUGUUGGAGGGCUGGUCUUUGUGUGGCCGAGUUACGUGGUGUAGGAGCUGACGGCUUCACGUGAAAAAGCAUAACGUUGGAAAAGAACUGGUCAGUUCCUGUAAACAAUUGAUAUCCUAGUUGACUAAUGUAAGGUAGGUAAUGAAGGAUUAAAAUGACUUCAGAACUACGCGAAACAUUUAUCGUUUUUUUUAGCUGGGUCUACUCCAAAACGGGUCGCCCAGUACCAUUUGAGUAAAAGUGCUUGUUUGGCAGAGGACAAGUAGGAAACAAUUUACAUUCCAAAUACACAUUGAUGGUGCUUAUGACAAAACAGGCCGGAGGUAUUAUGACAAAGGUCACGCGAAAACAGGGUGGAAUUACCUUACAGCUGGCCCCCCCGACUUCUUCCUCAAAGCCGACCGCACUAACAGUAACGCGCCAUUUGUACCGAAGGGCCACACGGAUACGGGUUUAGUUUCAGUGCGCGGCCCACUGUUUUCUGACGGCUGCUGUGUUUCUCUGCGCCACGCUGGUCGUGAGCGCUCGACGUGCGCAGCUGUCUGGUGCAGUCGGCUGUCUGACGGCCGCUGGUCGGCGUCGGCAGCGCGCACCACACCGAUACGGGACCGUAUAGAGAGCCGCCGCGGCCGGCUGGGUAGCCGUCGGGGUAGGGAUAGAGGCGCGUAGGUAGCCGCUCCCUAUGCCCGCCGUCUGGUAGAAACUGGAGCGCUCGCGCAAUAACAGAGGAGCGAGGGACGGGAGCGCGCCGAGCCGCCCCGCUGUGUAGAGAACUGCGGAUACUUACUGCGUGACCCGACUGUGUUAUUGGUGUGUUGUUUGUUGAACUGAAUACAUAUCCUUCCUGAA